UGUAAUUUGCCUCACUUGCAAACUCCUCCCUCCUUCCUUCGUCACUCUCUCCAUUUAAUUCUUCACAUCAUGGCCUCCGCCGUGACUUGCUCAGCCGCCGAUCUUCUCCCACACCUUGGCGGCUCAGCCAAUGCCACAGCGGCCGCAGAGUUCAUUUGCGGCCGCUUCACAGCGGUCUCGGAAUACCUCACAAACACCACCUACGCAGUGGACAACACGUACCUCCUCUUCUCUGCUUACCUUGUCUUCGCCAUGCAGCUUGGCUUUGCCAUGUUGUGCGCGGGCUCUGUCCGCGCAAAAAACACCAUGAAUAUAAUGCUUACGAACGUGCUGGAUGCUGCAGCUGGUGGCUUGUCUUAUUAUCUUUUUGGUUUUGCCUUUGCCUUUGGAACUCCUUCCAAUGGUUUCAUUGGAAAACAUUUCUUUGGGUUGAAAGAGUUUCCUUCACCAUCUUUUGACUACAGCUACUUUCUUUAUCAAUGGGCUUUCGCCAUAGCUGCUGCAGGUAUCACCAGUGGGUCCAUAGCUGAAAGGACACAAUUUGUGGCUUACCUCAUUUACUCUUCCUUUUUGACCGGUUUUGUGUACCCUAUUGUUUCACAUUGGUUCUGGUCCGGUGACGGUUGGGCCAGUGCAUCAAAAACCGAUGGAAACUUAUUAUUCGGUUCGGGAGUCAUUGAUUUUGCCGGUUCAGGUGUAGUUCAUAUGGUAGGAGGCAUUGCCGGUCUAUGGGGAGCUUUUAUUGAAGGACCAAGAAUCGGCCGGUUCGACCGGACCGGCCGGUCUGUUGCAUUAAGAGGUCAUAGUGCAUCACUAGUAGUAUUGGGUACUUUCUUGCUUUGGUUUGGUUGGUAUGGAUUUAACCCCGGUUCAUUUUUAACCAUACUCAAAAGUUAUGAUAGUCCAAAGGGUGUUUAUUAUGGUCAAUGGAGUGCAAUUGGAAGGACAGCUGUCACGACGACAUUGGCCGGUUGCACAGCUGCACUCACAACAUUAUUUAGCAAGAGACUUUUAGUAGGACAUUGGAAUGUAAUUGAUGUGUGUAAUGGAUUAUUAGGGGGAUUUGCAGCAAUUACUUCAGGUUGUGCAGUUGUUGAGCCAUGGGCUGCUAUUGUUUGUGGAUUUGUAGCAGCUUGGGUUUUAAUUGGUUUCAAUAAAUUGGCUGUGAAAUUAAAAUAUGAUGAUCCACUAGAAGCUGCACAAUUACAUGGCGGUUGUGGUUCGUGGGGCAUAAUAUUCACAGGAUUAUUCGCGAAAAAAGCAUAUGUUAACGAAGUAUAUCCUGGAUUUCCUGACAGACCAUAUGGAUUAUUUAUGGGAGGUGGGGGAAAGUUAUUAGGCGCGCAAAUUAUACAAAUACUUGUGAUAAUUGGAUGGGUGAGUGUGACAAUGGGGCCAUUGUUUUAUUUGUUACAUAAAUUCAAGUUAUUGAGAAUAUGUCGAGAAGAUGAAGAAGCAGGAAUGGAUUUAACAAGACAUGGAGGUUUUGCAUACUUAUACCAUGAUGAAGAUGAAGGUUCUUCUAUGCCUGGAUUCAAGAUGACAAGAAUUGAACCAACUAAUACUCCUACACCUGAUAAUCACAACUCUAGAUCUGUGGUUGUGUAACCAAAAAUGAAAAAUAUUUGCAAAUUUAGCCAUAAAAUUGCAUAGAUUGGGUAUCCCAUAAGUAAGGAAAGGUCAAAUCUCAAAAUCUUAGUGACUUUUAAUAGCGGGAUACUAUUUGGGUCUCUGUAAAGACAAGGCUUUCCUGUAAUAGACAUUAAUAUAAUGACAAAAAUACCCAAUAAUUGGAUGUAUUUAGUCUUUGAGGUUCGUAAUUUUUUGUCUUUGUUUUUGACAAAAGGCUUGUACUUAUUUGAGCUUCACUUUCUUGUAGGGUGUCUUCUUGUUUGUUUGUGGAGAUUGGUCUGUAUUGUUCUAUAAAUUGUUAAUAAAUACGUAGAUUAUUAGCUGGUUAAA